UGGAGAGCAUACAUUUCUCAAAAUGCCCUGACUUAUUUAAAUGAUAGACCAAUGCAAAUAUCUUGCCCUUCUUCUUCAGAGAGUCACCUCUGAAUGUAAGCUGCAAUCCUGCCCCUUCUGCUUCACGUCUCCCAGGAGGCUUAUAGACCCUCUUGUGGGAGAAGACUGAGCCAAGAUCAUCAGGAGUAGACUUCACAUCUCUAAUCCGUCCUGCAGGGAGACAGCAUACCUGGUUCCUCCCAGAUGAACACAAUGCCUCAGUUUUACCUGAGCUUACUUCUUGCUGGGCUCUUUGCUUUUGCCCACUGUCACCACGUCCCCGACCACCAUGAGGACCAUCCUUCUGCUGAAGAUCACAGUGAUCCCAUCUCUUCAAAGAUAGCCUCAGGCAAUACUGAGUUUGCCAUGAAAUUCUUCCACCAGCUUGCUUCAGAGGGUGCUAAUACGAACAUUUUCUUCUCACCUCUGAGCAUUUCCACUUCCUUGGCCUUGUUGUUAAUGGGAGCUAGAUCCACCACACGGAGUCAGCUUUUGUCAGGACUUGGCUUUAACCAGACUGACAUUAGUGAGCAGGAAAUACAUGAAGGAUUCCAUCAUCUCCUCCAUCUGUUAAAUAGCCCUACUGCUGAAAUCCAGUUGAGCAUUGGGAAUGCCAUGUUCACAGAUGCCCGAAUGAAACCCCUAAAGAAGUUCUUGGAUGAUGCCCAACAUUUUUAUGAGACAGAAGUUUGUCCUACUAACUUCAAGAAUUCAACAGAAGCUGAGAGCCAGAUCAAUAGCUACAUAGAAAAGAAAACUCAUGGAAAAUUGGUUGAAGUUGUUAAGGGUUUUGACCCAGAGGUUGUAAUGGUCCUUGUAAACUAUAUUUUCAUGAAAGGAGUAUCUCUAUAUACAAUUCUAACCCUGCGGAGGCAGCACAGAGAGAAUGCACACAUGAUUUGGUCUACCGUCAUAGGUAGUAGCUUGGGAACAACAACAAUUGCAGCCUUGCUGCCCACGUAUUGGGAAAAGCCUUUCGAUUAUCUAAGCACUAGAGAAGAUGAUUUCUUCGUGGAUGAGCAAACAACGGUGAAAGUCCCUAUGAUGAACAAAGACAGCAUCUUUGAGACUUACUAUGAUCAGGAUCUGUCCUGUCGGGUGGUGAAGCUCCCCUACAAGGGCAAUGCUUCAGCAUUAUUCAUUCUGCCUGACCAAGGAAAACUGAAGCAGGUGGAAGACGCUCUGGGGAAAGACGUUUUGUCAAAAUGGUUGCAAUCACUGAAACCAGGAGUAAUACGUCUAUCCCUUCCAAGGAUCUCAAUCUCUGGCAGCUAUGCUCUCAAAGGGAUAUUAAGAAGAAUGGGCAUUACUGAUGUAUUCACAGACCAAGCAGACCUCUCCGGAAUUACUGGGAAGCCAGAGCUGAAGGUUUCCAAGGCUAUUCACAAAGCUUAUUUAAAUGUCCAUGAGAAUGGCACUGAAGCUGCAGCCACCACCAUUGCUGAAGAGGUUCCCAUCUCCUUUCCCCUUGAAAUGAAAUUCAAUAGGCCCUUCCUGACUCUAAUCAUACAAGGGGAUUAUAUUCUGUUCAUGACAAAAAUUAAAAAUCCUGCACAGGCAUGAUUUCUUAUAUGCAGCAUGCGUGAAGAGAUCCAGUCCCUGUCAUGCAUUCCCAAACUAGUUAAACUCUAAAUGAGUCUAAAUGUCACAGAUUGGGAAGGAAGGAUUUGUCACUUUUGGUUCUCUCCGUUUCUCAUUUUUCCAAUCUUAAAUUCAGUUCUCCACAUUUCCACAGCAAUUUGCAAUUUUUUAAAAAGAAAUCCUCCUUAAAAUUGUGCAGCAUUCAUGCAUACUUUCUCUUAAUAUAUAUAUUUAUCAACUUUCUUUGGUUGGAGAACUUCAUCACAAAAUUCAGAUGAGUGCACAUUUCAAAGGAUGGCUGUGUUCUGGUUCCCAUAAUUGUUUCGGAAAGUGCAAAUGUGAUAGAUUCAGCUUUAAAUGAAACUGAAUCAAAUUUCUCACGCAUCCCUAAUCGCAGAUCAAAUAUCAUAGGCAAAAAUAUUCCAUCAAGCUUUCCUAUCUCCUGUUACCAAUGCAAACAUAAUACACUUCAGUGGAAGCACAUACUUUGCACAUUAAUCUGCAUAUAAUGGAAUUAUGUUAUUUUACAGGGUGAAUCAUCUCUAAGAUCACAGUCUUGAAAAACAGAAUUAAUUUCAUGUGAGCAACAUUCACUGUACUGCAGCCCUCUUUCACCUCACAAUGAAUUUGUAGAGGUUGGUGUUGUUUGUAAAAUCAAAUCAAAAGCCUUUUGUUUAUGCAUGGUUUUGUGUUCUCAUGUCGCAUGUGACAUGAUGUGUAUUGUGCAUGGAGUGUUGCUCUUUGGCACACAUAAUAAACACCUAGGAUGUGCGCCUACUGGA